AUGAAGAGGAUCCCAUAUGCAUCAGCAAUUGGAUCCAUCAUGUAUGCCAUGCUAUGUACUCGGAUUGAUGUCUCAUGUGCUUUGAGCACUUGUAGUAGAUAUCAAUCGGAUCCAGGUGAGCGUCACUGGAUGGCUGUCAAGAAUAUUCUUAAGUACUUGAAGAGGACUAAGGAUAUGUUCUUGGUUUAUGGAGGGGAAGAUGAGCUCACUGUAAGAGGAUACAGUGAUGCUAGUUUCCAAACGGACAAAGAUGAUUAUCGAUCGCAAUCAGGGUUUGUAUUUUGUCUCAAUGGCGGUGCAGUGAGCUGGAAGAGCUCCAAGCAAAGCACUGUAGCGGACUCUACAAUGGAGGCUGAGUAUAUUGCAUUGUCAGAUGCGGCCAAGGAGGGGAGGAUGGUUAGGAAAGGUUGGGGAGUAACUGGAGAAUUGUCGAAUGAGAUUCAACAGUUUUAUAAGCAGGGAAGAAAGGAAAAGGGGCAAGAUGAUGUUUUUGCAGCUUGUUCUAGUAAGACUAAGAAGAAGCAAUGGAAGCAAAAGAAAGGUCCAAAAGUUGGACCACGAAAAAAGCCUUUUAAGAAGGAUGCUUCUAAGACUGAGAAGGGCAAAGAAAAGGUCAAUGAUAAAGGGUAG